AGAAUCGAAGGACUCGAACACUCCACUCCCAACCCUUUUGGUAUCUACGAGGACUCCCAUCGCUUCAGGGCGAUCAUCUCCUCGACGCUUAUUAACCUAAGCAGCUUUCGGUAUCUUGGCUUCAUCGCCCGGAUACUACCACAAGAAAUAGCCCGCUCUUGGCUACGCCGCCCGGUUCGGGCUGUUGAGACCAGCGACAUCAAACUCUACGGAAAACAAUCCGGAAAUACAGAAUAAUGACGCGAUAGUGAUUAAUAUAGAGAAAUCAGUGCUUUAAUAAUUAUUAACAGUGUCUACACCAGUACAAAAUUUUAUUUCAUUGAGUAUGGCCUGUCCCCUUGGAAAUGGAGCUGACGAUUUUGGCCAAGAUGGUGAAACGCUAACAGAGGGCCCAGGACUUCUUUAUGGAGAAUACCUCCACUUAGAGAAGAUCCUUUCGGCUCAACGCUUAUUGAGUGCAGAGUACAAUAAAGAAGUACAUGAUGAACAUCUCUUUAUUGUAACUCAUCAAGCAUAUGAGUUGUGGUUCAAGCAAAUUAUUUUCGAGCUGGACUCGAUCAGACUGCUCUUUACCACAGAUAAUGUUCAAGAGGAUUUGAGGGACCAAGAAACAAUAUUGAACCAAUCAAGUACCUUUGAAGGUCUCGAUGAAUCCAGAACCUUGGAAAUUCUUAAGAGACUCAAUCGCAUUGUUCUCAUUCUCAAACUUCUCGUAGACCAGGUGACGAUUUUGGAAACUAUGACCCCACUCGACUUCAUGGCAUUUCGAGAUUACCUCUGCCCUGCUUCUGGUUUCCAAUCUCUGCAAUUUCGGCUGAUAGAAAAUAAACUGGGUGUGCAACAAGAACACCGAGUGAGAUACAACCAAAGCUAUACCAAAGUUUUUGGAAAAGACCCAAAAGCAAUAGAAGCUAUCAAAAAGUCAGAAGAGGAACCAAGUCUCAGUUGUCUAGUCCAAAGGUGGCUCGCCCGAACACCUGGUUUGGAAACAAGCGAUUUCGAUUUUUGGGGAAAAUAUAGAAGAGCAGUUGAAAAAAUGUUGGACGAACAAAAGGAUUCUAUAGAUAAACAAGCCAAGGAACAGCAUCAGAGGCAUUUGACUGCUAAUUUGGCCUCUCGUCAAGCAGUUUUUAAUACAAUUUUCAAUGAAUCUUUGCACAAUGCUCUUGUAUCCAGAGGCGAAAGAAGGUUCACCCAUGCUGCAUUGCAAGGAGCAGUGAUGAUCACACUUUAUCGAGACGAGCCGAGAUUUAGUCAGCCUCAUCAGAUUCUAACUUCUUUAAUGGACAUCGAUUCCUUAAUAACGAAAUGGAGAUAUAAUCACGUUAUAAUGGUUCAAAGGAUGAUUGGGUCACAACAACUCGGAACUGGGGGUUCAUCUGGGUAUCAAUACCUAAAAUCCACAUUGAGUGACAGGUACAAAGUCUUUUUGGAUUUGUUCAACCUAUCAACAUUCUUAAUUCCUCGAAAUUUGAUACCACCUUUGACGAAACAAAUGAAAACCAAACUCUCAGUCGCAUGGGGUUGCUGGGUACCAGAAGACGAGCAAAGUAACUCAUCCAAUUCGGCAGAGGCUUCAUUGUGACGCUGCCCGAAACCUUCAAAAAUAUUAGGACUUUAGCAAAAAAUUCUCAAAAGUAUACAUAAAGAUUUUUAAUAAAUCUUAUCUAGAAAUCAA